AUGACAGGAACAAGAAGAACCUCAAAUAUUGAAGAUACUCAAUUUAUGACUCUUUUAAAGUCAACAAAAAUAAGAAAACCAAGAAAAUCAGUUAAACCAGAUACUGAAACCAACCAAGAUGAUAAUAUUGAAAUGGACACUGAUGUAAUUCAAGUAGAACAACCAAUUGAAAAACCAGUUAAAAAAGUUAGUAAAAAAGUUUCAGCAAAGAAACCAGCUGCAACUAAAAAAUCAACUGAAACACCACAACCAUCAGCACCAAUUGAUCAACCAAAAACUACUGAAAAUGAACAACAAGCAGAAGAAAAAGAAGAUAUCGUAAUCACAGAAAAGCAACCAAUUGAAAAUAUUGUUGACGAUGAAGUUAUUAUUACAAAAGAUUUACCAGCACCAACUCCAAAACCAUCAAAAGAAGAAGAUGUACCAAAAGCAAAAGAAGAACAAAAUAAUGAUACUACUACUACCACUACUACCAACACACCAACUGUAAAUAAAAUGAAAAGAACAAUCAAAGAAAUUGAUCCAAGUAGAGGUAAACCAGUAUCAGGUAGAGUUUGGAAAACACCAUCAUCAAAAUUAAACUCUGCUAUUAAAUCUAAAGGUUUUAAACAAUCAUUUGAAAAUAAACAAAAACAAAGAAUUGACUUAAAGAGAAUGAAAGAUAAAGAAAGAGAAAUCAAAGAGAAAACUAAACUCGAUAAAACACUUAUGCAUAAUGCAAUCAGAGAAAAUAAAAGAAUUAAAGAAGAAAAUCUUAAAAAAUCUGAAGUCGUUCAAGUUAUUAAUAAUACUCAAAAAUUAAAGAAACUUUCUAAAAAAGAUUGGAAAUUAUACAGAAAGAAUUAA